AUUCUUGAUCGAGCCUUUCAUUCCUUCGUGGAAUUCUUGGAAAUAGAAAAAUGUGCAGCCAUAGAUUCCUUUCAUAAGAAUUGGAAGCCCAUCGUAUGGUCUGCUUCGUCUCAAGAUAGCAUAAAAAUCAAUUUUGAUGCUUCUCGUAUCUUAGAUGGUCAUUGUACUGUUGCUUGUAUUGCUCGUAACCAUCUUGGUCGUGUCUUGGAUGCCAAACCUGUCAAGAUUGGAUUCUGUACAAUACCCAAGCUGAAGCAUAGAUUGGAUUGCCUGGAAAACCAUAAAUUUCCGAAGGCGACUCAAAGUUAGUGAUUUCAUACCUCAACCAGAAUACAAAGCCCCCUUUAGAAGAUGAGAAACACUAAGGAUGAAAAACACCUUUACUAAAAGAUUUUUUUCUCAGCAUGUCUACGGAGCAGUGAACCAGGCCACAGAUUAGAUAGCUCGUGAAGCCCAAAUUGCUGCUUCAGAGUUUAUUUUAGAUACCACGGGAGUAAAAGUCAACCAAGAGCAAAAGCAGAUCUCAAAACCAGUUCAGGAAGCGCAUGUUGACGUUACUCCCAUAAGAGUCUCCAGAGUUUCAAAGAACAAAACGACUUCCGCAGACAGCCGAUUUUUCUCUGGUGUUACAACCAUAAUUCUUCCGACCGAGCAACCAAAAGAAUCUCUCCGAGCCUCUACAUGGCCCAAGAGGAAAUCGAGAAGAACAUUGUACCACCUCUAUGCCGACCUCCCCCAUUUCUAGAGGUUCUCUGCAAAAGCUCUGGCAUUGUAAGGCGAUUUGCUGCUGGUACAGAGGCUGUAUUUGCGUUGUCUUUGAUCAAUCGGAAGUUGGGUCCUGGUGUUCCACUCGCUUUGCAUAUUGAGGCCAUUAAAGAAGGGGAGGAACCUGUCGGUUUUGGUCCUAAUUCCCUCCUUGUGGACUAUGGUGAAGGCUGGAGGUUGCAGACCGUUACAGAAGCAGAAGAAGGUCCUGAGAUGGGAAGAGGUUCCCUGCCAGCUCUGAAACAGAUUCCUACUGUAAUUAGAUCAGAAAGAUUAGAUACUGCAAAGCAAUCCACUUCGGUGUCAACCCCUCCGAUUACUCUUCUAUAUAUUGGGAAGAUAUUUCUUGCUUUCAUUUUUAUUUUCAUUCUAGGUGCAAUUCUUACUUUGUUUCUUGAAAGUCUUCCCAGGUUAAUUCUUAUCAUUACCUCGUUUAUGUAGCACUUAAUUCUUACUUCAUGAACUUUUUAGUUCCAAAUUUUUAGUAGAUUUUUUUUCCUUUUUUUUGGGGGCGUUUUCAAAUUUCCAUUGACAAUUGUGAUUACAGUCAGAACAAUUCAUCUAGAGCUUGCGAGUUUGUUCAGUGUAUCUUUUCUGUAGAAAUGUACAUCAAACUAUCAAUGCAAAAGCUGUUCUUCUAAAAGUCAAAGGUGGAAUAGUUUUCUUCCAAUCUUCA